CCCACUGCGAUGGGAAUAAGAGCAGCCGCUGGCGCUGGGAGCUACUGGAGCCACUGCCCAGCCCAAGUGUGGCUGCAACUUCCGCGGGGCUCUAGCUGGACGACACCGCAGCCCUCUCUGCUCCAAGUCACUGCCUUCCAGGAGUCGUCAUGGGCUUCCAGAAGUUCUUCCCGAUUCUGGCUCUCAGCAUUUUGGUCCUGUACCAGGCAGGCAGCCUCCAUGCAGUGCCAUUCAGUUCCACCUUGGAGAGCAGCCCAGACCUGACCACACUCAGUGAAGAGGAAGCACGCCUCCUGCUGGCUGCACUGGAGCAGGACUAUUUGCAGAUGAAGGCCAGUGAGCUGCAGGAGACAGAGGACUCCAGUGUCACUGCCCAGAAGAGAGCCUGCAACACUGCCACUUGUGUGAGCCAGCGGCUGGCAGGAUUGCUGAGCAGAUCAGGGGGUAUGGUAAAGAACAACUUUGUGCCCACUGAUGUGGGUUCCAAUGCCUUUGGCCGGCGCCGCAGAGACCUUCAGGAUUGAGCAGUUUUGAAUGGACCCAGAAAGAAGGUCACAAUGAAGCUAAACUCCACUUCUUUUAAUGUGUAAUGAAAGCAAUGUAUAAAAAAGUUGCCAUGGAAGAUAUACAUAUUUGCAUCCUUCUUGAUAUGGAAAACUACCUUCUUCAUUUGAAAGAAACUAAAGCUGAGUGCAGAAUAAGCUCAUUGCAAUUAUCUAUUGUACAUCAUUUUUAUAUUUGAUUCUGUAUCUAAUAAACAUGACAGCAUGUCUCAUUGGCUUAUCUGAUAGCAAAUCUGGUCCUCAUCAGCCAUUCUGUUGAUGUGGAAGCUCUGCUAAACCUCAGGGGGACAUAAAAUCACUGCCUCUUGGGCAUUUGGGGACACCUGGUAAUGUUAUGCCUUGAUGGAACUAUUUGUUUAAAGAAAUGUCAGUGUUGUCGUGAACUUCAUCAAAAUUUAAAAAAAUGUAUUUUCGAUAUCCUUAAAUGAAAUUUCUGCUGCUUUUUAUGCUAUUUUUUCCCAGGAAAGCUUCAGGGGCCUGUGAAUACAUUGUUGACCAGGCUGACUUCCUUGAAGCAAAGGCAACAUACUUGGGUUGGCUUCUCAGUCAUGUACCCUCAGUUUUGAGUGAAACAUCCAUUAUUCAAAUUAUAACCCUGUGCAUAUCAAA